AUGGCUUCAUUGCAGGCUGUCAAGAAAGACAACCUGCAUGCUGUGGUGGACAUGGGGAGCAAUGGAAUUCGAUUCUCAAUCUCGGACCUUUCCGAACCUACGACGCGCAUCAUGCCCACCAUCUUCCAAGAUCGGGCGGGAAUAUCGCUGUAUGACGCACAGUUUUCGACCACGGAUGGAGAGCGUGGUCCUAUCCCUCCUGCUGUCAUAGAAGAGGUUGUGACCAGGCUGAUUCGCUUCAAGACCACCUGCGAGGACUUUGGCGUUCCCCUGCAAAACAUCCACGUCCUGGCGACGGAGGCGACAAGAACAGCGCCCAAUUCUGCCGAGUUUCUCUCCACCAUCAAGCAGAGAACCGGGUGGGAAACGCGCAUUCUGUCGAAAGAAGACGAAGGCCGCAUUGGCGCGCUAGGCGUAGCCAGCAGUUUUGCCUCCGUCGAAGGCCUCGUCAUGGAUCUCGGUGGAGGCAGCACCCAGCUUACCUGGAUGAUCGCGCGAGAUGGCCGUGUCACCAUCAGUCCUAAGGGCUCUGUGAGCUUUCCGUACGGCGCUGCCGCACUCACGAGGAGGCUGGAAGAGACUCGCCGGAAAGGCAGGAAGGCCGAGCAGGAACUGAAGGAGGAAAUGAAAACUAAUUUCCAAAACGCAUACAAAUCCCUUCUCGUGCCCGAAAGCCUCGAGAGAGCAGCGGAGUCACGUGGGGGGUUUGAUCUUUAUCUCUGCGGCGGUGGAUUCAGAGGAUGGGGAUAUCUCCUCAUGAGCCAGUCCAGGCUGGAUCCGUAUCCGAUUCCCAUCAUUAAUGGAUUCAGGGCGGAUCGGGCUGAGUUCAUUGACACAGUAGCUGUUAUGGACACCAUCUCCAAAUCGGAUACGAAGAUCUUUCGCGUAUCCAAACGCCGCGCCUCGCAGGUUCCCGCAGUGGCCUUCCUCGUCAACGUCAUCGCAGAGGCUCUUCCUGCUAUCAAAUCUAUCCAGUUCUGUCAAGGAGGCGUCCGCGAAGGACUUCUGUACGACAAGUUGAGCACUGAUAUCCGAAAACAAGAUCCUCUCCUGGUGGCCACGGCCCCGUAUGCACCGCCAUCGGCGCAAGCGAUCUUUGAUCUCUUCAGAUCCGCCCUCCCGGAUACGUCCUCGCCUAUCUUGUCGCGCCAGGUCCCGUCUUCGUUUACUGAUAGCCUUCUUCUCGCCCUAGCUAAUCUUUGCUUUGCACAUUCCUACGUCCCGAGGGAAACCCGCCCCGCUGCCGCCCUCUACAGCACGACUACCGGCAUUCUUGCAUCAGCCAACAGUCUUGCACACACUGAUCGUACCCUUUUAGCUCUGAUCCUUUCUGAGAGAUGGCCGGGAGACCUUGCACCUGCCGAACAAGCAUUCCAAUCCCGUCUUCGCCGAUUUGUCUCUGCCCAAGAAGCAUGGUGGUGCCAAUAUCUCGGGCGCGUCGCCACUUUAAUUGGAGACGUCUAUCCAGCUGGUCGGGUCUCAGAUCAUGAAUGGCGCAUCCAGUUCAGCACCAGCUGGCAGCAGGUGUUCAAGAAGAAGCAAGGCACCACCGAUGCGCUCUAUCUCAAGGUCGUGGUCAAUGAAGCAGUGAACCAGGCUGUCACUCGCGAAUUCCUACAGGAUACAGUCGAAAGAAUUGAGAAGAUCGGAAAGCGGAAGAAUUGGAUCAAGGCUGAGGACCGCCUUGGGGCCGAGCGGUUAGCAGGAGACUACGGUGUCAGCGUCGAGGUGGGACUCUCGUCAGGGCAUGGCUCCUGA